AUGACCAAUAGCUCUGGAACGUAUCUUCUGUCCAAGAACACUGACACGGAUUUCUCCCCUGGGCGGUUCGCUCUGACAGUUCAAGCAGAUGACAACAUCGUCCUGUACAAGAGGGACCCGGACAGCAUGAGCUCCCUCGCCGGUAAUUCAGGCCAUCCGUACUGGAGUUCCAGGACCUGGCACAGUGGUCAGGUUCCAACUCUUGUCUUGGACAACUCCGGGAACCUCUUCUACAACGACAGCGUCAAUGGCUACAGGAAUCUGACAAUGAAGCAGCCACCCAACUCUGCCGCGAGCUAUUAUCAUUACGCCGCACUAGAUCCAGACGGCAUCGUCCGGGUCUAUGCCCACCGGAAGAACAUCACGGAUGGCACCGUGUGGGAAGUUGUCAGUAUGUUCCCAAGGGAUGGUUGCAGCAGGAUGACCAACUACAGUACACAGAGCAUGAAUUGUGAGUGCCCGUAUGGCUAUGUGUUGGUUGAUGAACAUGGAUACAAAGGUUGCUGGCCAAUCUCUGUCCCAGCAGGACCACGGGCGAGAAGCAUCUGGCUUUACAUCAUCAUUGGUAUUUUGGCAAUUUCAUUUGGGACCUCAAUCGCCUAUAACCUCUGGCAACGCUACACAAACAAAAGGGAGAAAAGGAGUAGGUUAUCAGCAGGACUCAGAAUUUUCAGUCACAAGGAGCUUGAGAGAGCCACCGAUGGCUUCAAAGUGACACUGGGCAAAGGCGGCUUUGGUGAAAUAUACAAGGGGGAAGUGAGUUAUCUACUUGUGCAGUAUCAUGUUGCAGUAAAGAAACUCAUCAUCAAAUCAGACGAAAUCAUUGAAAAGGACUUUGAAAACGAGGUGCAAUCCAUCGGCCAGAUCCACCACAAGUACUUGGUCCGCAUGAUCGGGUACUGCAAAGAAGGGGUGCAUCGGUUGCUGGUGUUCGAGUACAUGCAAGGAGGCACCCUCGCUGACUUCAUCUCCCGGCCAGAGAGACCCUGCUGGAGCUGCCUUGCUGAGGCUGCAGUAGGCAUCGCCAAAGGGUUGGAGUACCUACACGAAGGGUGCCAGUCUCAAAUCAUCCACUGCGACAUCAAGCCUGAGAACAUUCUAUUCGAUGACAAGGAUACGCCUAAGAUCACGGACUUUGGGAUCGCCAAGCUCCUCGGAGACCAAAAGACGCACCACACUGUCACCACAGUUGCUGGUACGAGGCCUUACCUCGCGCCUGAAUGGUUCGAUGGCGGGGGUCAAGUGAGCAGCAAGGUGGAUGUGUACAGCUUCGGUGUCAUGCUGCUGGAGAUGAUCUGCUGCAAGAGGAUUGCAGGCCACGGCAGUGUGUCCGACCUGAGAGCCUGGGCAGAGAGCUCGAUCAGGAGUGGGAGGGCGGAUCUGCUGGUGCAGGGUGACGGCGAGGCGCUGGCGGACAUGGGGAACGUGGAGACGUUCACGCGUGUGGCGAUCUGGUGCCUGCAGAAGGAUCCAUCUAGCAGGCCGGGGAUGCGCAAGGUGGUGCAGAUGCUCGAAGGCACCAUGGUAGUUGACCCUCUGCCUGAUCCUCCAAGGCCACCGAGCUUCUCCGCAGUACUCCCCACCAGCAGCCGGAGCUCUCACUCAGGCAGCGCAGUCGUUCAUACCCUCCAGGUCGAUUAUUGA